GCUCAUCUAGCUUAGCCGAUCAUCAGCGCUUUUCGUCAGCCCAGUCACGCUUAAAGUCGUUUUAGUGACGACUCCAAAAACUUUACUUAGUCUUUGGAGAAAUCGAUGAAUAGGAAUAUCGGAUCUAAUUUUACGGAAUAAUUUUUCUAGAAAAACAUAUGCUCCAAUGCGUAGUUAGUGAAGAGAAAUAUUAUUUGCUCACGACGAUUUCGCUGAAAGACGGAGUGCUAGUUCACUGAGACAUGGGCACCUAAACGCCAAGAACUCGUCGUUUCGUACUUGCUGCUUCUAUUCACUUGAUUCAUUCUUUGGUUAUGGAUGAUGUAUAUUCCGCCACCCGAAUAAUUCGCAGUAGUUAUAACGGGAUCACCGUUUGGCAUUCUCCAUAACACUAUUCAUCACAAGUCGAUGAUUGCAAUUUUCUGUUUUGCAAUUCGGUCGUGGACGAAAAUGUGAUUUUCGUUUAAAGAUAUUUGAUUGUUUGUAAACAACUCCUAACGUUAAACAUGUCGACGGACUUGUCUCCAUCUGUGUCUUCGUCGUCAACCUCGACUUCUUCUGAAACUAAUCGGAAAUCGAGCACGUUUCGUCAACUCGAGGCUAUAAAGAAUGUACGAGAAGAGUCCCACGUACAUCAGGCUCCGGAAGAAGCGGUGAUAGAUUACGCGGAUACGCAGAGGAAUACAACUCUAGAUGAUGAUUUAGGAAGUGAGUCUGAUCGAUCCGACCUUCCGCUAUUGGAUUAUUCUGUGACUCAAGAAACAGAAUUCUUACCGUCUCCUGAAGAAAUACCUUCUCGUGGUCGGUCUCCACGGAUGACUAGUCACUUUGAAAAAGAGGACAAGUCUCGAAGCCGUGGAAGAUCGAGUUCAGUACUUCGGAGGGCCCUCGAAGCCCUCGCAAAUGACAUUGAAAUUCCUGACGACCUCGACCCAAGAACAGGCUACGUUGGCGAGAUUCGUUGAAUAAGGAAACGUAUUUAUUUGUGAAAUCGCUCCGUGUUUUAAAUACAGUCUCAAGCUGUCGACGGAUAUCGAAUUUGUCAUAAUUUCACAUACAUAAAUGAUAUCGCCUCUUAUGAGGUGCUGUGUGCCAAAAUGGGCUUUAAGAUACCUGUUUUUGAUAAACUUGAAAACAUCUUUAAUUUGAUGUACUAUUGCUGUUCCUUCAAUACAGAAGCUCCAGGGUUUAGGGUUGCACUUGAUAAAAGGGCAGAAUUUGAUUGGUUUUGUUUCGACAAGUACAACUUGUAUGCUUACAGUACUUUGAUGAAACAGCGUCUUAAAUGGUGACUAUAAGAAAAUACAUGAAGAUUAUAUAAAGUGUCAUAUCAGUCGACGAUACCCACUUUGGUUUAGCUUUGGUUACUUGAUUAUUUGCUUACAUGGCUACAUGAUUGGAAUCUGUCUUAUUCUACAAAGUGCUCCAGUUGUUGUGGAAAAGUUGGGUGCAUUUCGAGUAAUGAAUUUUACUUUAUGCUUUAUGAUACCUGGUAUAAUGGUGUAUGUAUGUGCACUUGGAUUCAUUUGGCAGUUCCUUAUACCUUUAAACACUUUUCAAUUCCAGUCAUUUGAACCAACGCACAGGUAUGCGUUCUUCACCGCAAGCUCUGGAGCUAUCGAGGAUUUCCUGCAUCUUUACGUGAAGCUUGAAACCGUUUUCGUCAUCAAAAUCAUUUCGCAAAUCGAUUUGCCGGCACUAUGCAAACCGCCAAAGUGAGUGUCUUGCAUGUUUCUCAAGUGCUGGCGUGCGCUGGAUUCUACCUGUCCUAUUGCGAUGGGUCUGCGUAUUUUCAUAUGAACAAUGACGAAAGCCUUUUUUGAGACUUAUUCAGUUCAUUGUUAAAACCGCCUACUGCAGCUUAAAAACGCAUCAUCCUCAUUAGUCAGAACGAAAUUACAAUGGCUGGUUUUAGGAUUCAAUUUAUAGCUGAUUUGAAAAAACAUAAGCGAUGCAGUUUUAGUUGUAGAACUAAAACAGAAUCCACAUUCUUCAUGGCAUUAGCUCUUUCAAAUCUAUUUUUUUGGGAAUUCCGCUUUUGUUGAUAACAGUUUCAUGCUCAUAUUCAUAAAUAUCUUUAACCUUCCUGAAUAAUAACAGUUUAUCAAAGAUAGCGGCUAUACGCGGAUGAACUGAAAUUCCAUUCUAGGACGACAAAUGUAUUAACCACGACACUUGGUGUCCAAUAAAACCUUCCUAACGGAGAACUGAUUAUAAUAGUUUUUAAUUGUUUUAUGAGACUUUUUAUUGCUGA